GGUGAUUUAAUUUUAUUCUCCGAGAUGCCCACAUGUAGCCCUGGCAGAAUGAAGCAAGGACACUGAGAGAGGAUUGCCCGGCACACACAUAUACAGCAAGGAAGGAACAACUCCGAGACUACUCACUUUGUGCAUUUGGCAGAGCAAAGGAGGGAUUUUUAAAAACAACACCUUAUGAAGGAGGAAAACAGGAAAGGCAGUUUAUGUGAUUACUGGCAGCAAUUAUUGCAUUAAGAAGAGAAGUGACUAUGUUGCUGAGACACGCCGACAUGAAAGGAUUGGCUAAAAGAACUACAAGAUGAAGAUUCUGUGCCUUUAAACCACCAGGAUACCAAGGUUCUCAUCUAUCUGGCACCUUCUCACAGCCAAGCUGGGUAGUACCACCAUUCUCCCCCGGGGUGCACUGGCCAUGGGGGUUGCCCGUGCCAUCCGUCGCUUCAGUACAGACAUUCCUGAUCCACUCCGUGAGGAGGAGGAAUCACAGCUGACACAGGCAAUGAGACCUACUCCCUACCGCAAUGGCAAAGUGCAUACUAAGCCUACUCGCCAGCGCAGUCGAUUCGUCCAGAAAGAUGGACAUUGCAAUGUAGAAUUUAUCAAUCUCAGCGAGAAAAGCCAACGCUACCUAACGGACCUUUUUACCACAUGUGUUGACAUACGCUGGAGAUGGAUGUUCCUCAUUUUCUCCUUUACAUUUGUGGUCUCAUGGCUCAUUUUUGGAUUUACUUUCUGGUUAAUUGCCUCAUUGCACGGGGACCUGGCACCACCACCCGAACCUGGCUCCGAGGAGGCACAUAAUGCCCCAUGCUUCUUACAAGUCACUAGUUUCAUGGCCGCCUUUCUGUUUUCUUUAGAGACACAAACUUCCAUUGGCUAUGGGUUCAGAAGUGUGACGGAGGAAUGCCCUAUGGCUGUGUUGACUGUGGUACUCCAGUGUAUUGUGGGGUGUAUUAUUGAUGCCUUCAUCAUUGGAGCCAUCAUGGCAAAAAUAGCUAAACCCAAAAAGAGGAAUGAAACUCUUGUUUUCACAGAAAAUGCUGUUAUUGCACUCAGAGAUGAGAAGCUAUGCCUCAUGUGGAGGGUCGCAAAUCUUCGCAAGAGCCACCUAGUAGAAGCGCAUGUUCGAGCGCAGCUUCUUCAGCCUCGUGUCACCCCUGAAGGUGAGUACCUCCCUCUGGAUCACACAGAUAUCAAUGUUGGGUUUGACAGUGGCACAGACAGAAUCUUCCUGGUGUCUCCGGUAACCAUAGUUCAUGAGAUUGAUGAAGAAUCCCCCCUAUAUGAAAUCGGCAAGGAAGAACUAGAGGCGGCUAACUUUGAGCUGGUUGUAAUCCUUGAAGGCAUGGUGGAGGCCACAGCCAUGACCACUCAAUGCCGCAGUUCUUAUCUUCCCUCUGAGAUCUUGUGGGGAAGCCGCUUUGAACCAGUGCUCUUUGAAAAACGCAAUUAUUACGAGGUGGAUUACUUACACUUUAACAGCACAUAUGAAGUACCCAGCACGCCCACCUGCAGCGCCAAAGAACUUUCUGAGAGGAAAUAUUCACUGGUGGGUCGCAGCUCUUUUUGUUACGAAAAUGAAGUUGCACUUAACUGCAUUUGUGACGAAGAUUCCCCUACCCUGGUCAACACAAUGUUAACGGUUCCUAAUACGUCCCAUGAGCUUGGCAUGCUUGGCGUUCCUGACCCUCUGGAGGAAAUAUUACUGACAUGAUCUUCUGGUUAGAUGGGUUGGGUUCCCAUUAGAUGGGUUCUACUGACUAUCAAUUUGCACUUCCAUCAGUUAGGAAGCAUUUCUCACUCAGGGCAGGCAUGAAUAAAAUGGUCUACAUGGAUUAAGCAACCAGUGCACCAAAAGAAUCUCCCAUUAACUGUUACACAUGAAGGUGGGGGGAUGUCAUUAAUGUAAUGAGAAGGACUUUCCUAAAAUUAGGAGAUCUCGACAGCAAGGUUUUUAAAAGUGAUCGAACCUUUUGUUCUAUGCACACGUUACCAUCUCGUUUUGUUUGGUAACUUGGGUAAAAGCCGAUUGUUCAUGAGUUACGCACAGCACAGGAACCUUUUAUAUUAAUAUCUACUGAACAAUAAAAUAUGCAAACUGUAAUAAAUACUCCUAAGUAUGGCUAGAUUUUCUUGUCUAAUUGGGAGAGUAUUGUAACGACUUCCAUGAAGUGUAGCCUGAAAAGUUUACCCAGAUAAGCUCACGAUUCAAACCCUGAUGCCAUUAGUAUCAAUCUCAUACAAGGCGUAAAACCCAUCACCUUAUGUCUUCUCCACGCUUUGCUACUGCUAUAGAGUAUUGGUUUUAACCCAUGAUUAAAGAGGGUUUUCUGUACGUUUCCUACAAUCUCAAUGCAGAAUAAAGAUGUAUUGAUUAGCAAUUUAAUCCAUCUAUAUAAGCAGAUAUAGAACAAAUGUAAAAUUGACCUAAGAGUGAAGUUCGCGAAAAAAGGUCAUUUGAGCUUAAUUAGGUAUGGGUGGAGUUAGUUUUACAGCAGGCUGUCUUUUUUUGUAAUUGUCAUCAGUAAAAAGAGGUACUGGAAAGGGUAGAGGUACUGUAUUUAAUUAUCAUUUUCCCCUUUCUCAUAAUAUAAAUCAAUAAAACCAAAGCAGGGCCCCGCAGCAAGGCACAUU